AUGCUCAAUCGGCUGAUUGCUGAAUGCGUGAAGAAUCCAGAUGAAUUUAAUCAACAAGCAACAAAGUUGUACGAAAUUAUCAAAAUGCGCAUGUCAAGCAGAGUAACAUCAUUUUUGACAGCAGAAAGUUUGUUUGAUGAAAUAGAAACUUGUCGAAAUUUACAAUGUCAACGACGAUUAUUUCAUAUGUAUCAUGAUGAAAACAAGCAAACACCAACUUUAUUAGAUCUACAACAAGCUACAACUAAAUUGUAUGAACAAUUGCUAAAGAUUAGAAUUAAGAAUCUAAAUAUCGAAGAAGAUCUGACAUUUCAUUCGCGACCAUUUGGACUCUGUUCACAUGCUCAAUAUUUUCCUGAAUAUGUUGCCAAAGCAAUCAUUUAUGAAAUUGAACAAAUACCUCAAAUUAAUGAUCAUGUAAUUCAACCAAAUAUUGCGACUGAUUUUAUUUGUCGCUAUCACACGCGUAUUGCAGGAAUCGAACCAAAACUUCAUACGAAACAUUUUAUUCUUCAACAAUUACAAUCAGUUUACGAAGCCAACAAAAAUAGAAUAAACAUCACUUCAAUCGGUAUCUAUGAGGAAAUAUUAGCCAAAAUAAUAAGUCAAAUAGAUUUUUUUGUUGAUCAUCCUUUUCUUUCAAUGAUGUAUCAUGACAAUCUAUUUCUUGGUAUAUGUAAUAGUACGAUUGAUAAAGAAAUGAAUGGUACUCGAGACGAACUUCAAAUAUUACUACGCUUCAAUUCACUUGCAGAACAUCAAUCAACACAGUCAGCAUCUGUUCGAUAUAUUGUGCAUAAUGGUCAAUUGACAAGAGCAAGUUUUCAUACAAAAGCAUUUGUUGAUGAAAUGUGUCGAAUGAUUUGCGAAUCAAAUUCUGAAAAAGCUAAAACAUGUCGACUGAUAUCGGAUAUACUAAAUCGUAGUUUUCAUGAUUUUAGCUUAUACUUUGAUAAUGAAUUAUUUCGACUUAGUACCGUGGUACCUCCGACAAAGGAAGGUUAUAACCCGUUGAUACCUGUUCUGUGGUCUACAAUGUAA